UUGACCAACAGUUCGCUAUAGCUCAUAUCGUAUUUCCGUGAACUGCCAUUAGGACGGUUUGCGUCAAGCUUGGAAAGGAAAUCAUCCAGAAAAAUCAUAUACAUAUCACUGUCGUUUUGUGAUUAAGAUCUCGCAUCACAACAAACUAGUGUUUCUCUUCAACAGCAAUGAAUCACUUGAUGGCUUUUCUUUUAACGUUAUCUAGCCUUAUUGCAUUUACACUGUCCGUAAGUGUGAAUAUUGUAAAAAUCGACGAUUAUGACCCAGGCUGCUGUAACAAAACCAACGCGUUCCAAGUGUAUUCUGUAAAGGACAGAAACGAUAAAACGAAAUUGUGGAUUUGCAGUAAAGAAGAUGAAAAAUACUUAUGGAAACCUUUUGAUGUUACAUCUACAGAAAAGGCAUUUGUCGGUGAAUUCUUGAACCCAGGCUACGAUUGCUCAGAUAUUUUAAAUCGAGAGGAAAAUGUUCAGGAUGGAUAUUAUUGGAUAAAUCUUGGAGGCAGCAAUAAACGAAAGGUGUGGUGUGACAUGACGACAGAUGGUGGUGGAUUUUUACUUGUUGCUAGGAAACAGAAUGGAACCACAUGGGACGUCCCGUCAAAAGAUAAGCCAGUUGGUCCUUCCAUGAAAGACAAAUAUUGGACCACUCAACUGGGAGAUCUUCCUAUCUUGGAUUUCAGAGUGCAGAUGUCAACAAGUGACUCAUUUGAUGAUACCAAAGCUCAUUGGUAUUUUCGACUGAAAAUAAAAGAGUGUUGGGGAAGUUGAUGAUCAACAAUCGUGGAUGCAGUAACCUUGAGCCAGGCAUUGGAGAUAUAGCUUACAUAAAGGAGCUCAUCACAGAGAAAAUAGUUUCAACAUCGUUCCAAUGCUCCGUAUUUGGAAGUUUGCAGUCUAGUGGGAAGAUAGGCUGGUCAAUGAUGAACGAAUGUUUAAAGACGCCCUGCUCUGGCUCUGGAUUUAUUCAUCAAAAAGAUGUACCGCUAAUUGCACUUGAUCAUUCAGGUGUUUUCAGUUUUAGUGCUUCGAGUAACAAGUCUGGAAUGAUUAAUGAUGCGACUGCCUUCGUAGGAUGUGUGAACAAAAAGUGUUGUGGAUGUUAUGGUCCUAAAGGAGGAACAGGGAAUUAUUGCAACGCAUAUUGUAAUACUUCAAAUGGUGGGACGAUAGUUGAUGCUAAAAAUGUCUAUGUUUGGAUUUGGGUGAGAUCUACCCACCCUAAACGUGUUUGGGAUAAAUGUAUGGAGUAUCAAAGUGAAGAUGAAUUAGGUCAAAUGCAAUGGUAUAUCUUAAAGGGAGAUUCUGUCGUUCCUGAGAAGGGAAGAUGUAAAAAUAGGGACAAACUGCGUUUAAAUAGCGGGAUCGUCGUUGUCCCCGAUAACGUUGCUGCAAAAAAUGUUCCUAAAAUCCCAGGAUUGUUGGAGUAUCGUUUGGACCAAAAGAAACUUUAUGUAAGAGCAAACAAAACAUGGAAACAACUGAAUCCAGAAGAACAGGUGAAGGAAAAAUUGAUCAACCUAGAGCAAAAUUUUGAAAAGAAAUCGGAAAAGUUAAAAGAAAUGAUUGAGGCUAUAAAUGUAACUUUAAGAGAGACUAUUGCAAAACUUGAAGCUGAAAACGCAAAAUUGAAGACAAAAUUGGUUUUCUCUCAACCAAGCUAUGAAAAUAUUACUUCAGUGUGUGGAGGUGAGUACAAGUGGCUAAACGAGUCCACAAGGAGAUACAACUAUAGCUCAAACAGAUACUGUGACUCAUCUUUAUCUGGUUGGUACAGAUUUGGAGGAAGCGCUGGAACUAUGAUGUUCUCAGGAUGUAUUAGACAUGGAAGCAGCCGUUGUGGUACAAAUUAUCCGGGACAUUUAACAGGAGGUCAUCCCGGAGUGAAUGAUGGGAUCGUCUCUCGUGUUGCUUGUUUUUCGUACACUCACAGUUCGUAUAGUCACUACAAUCGAUAUUCGUAUAAAGAAUAUUGUUGUUACUACAGACGUACCAUCAAAAUUCUUAACUGUGGCACAUUUUACGUUUAUAAACUGAAUGGAACACCAACUUGCAACUCAAGAUAUUGUUCAUCAGAAUUGAAAAUCGACGAUUAUGACCAGGGUGCUGCAUUGAUCUCACUUGGAAUGAAAUGUGGUGGUACUUUACAACAGCGGGCAGAACGAUUAUUUUCGAAAUUCUUAUUCCCAAUGAAUUAUUUGGCCGUGAUCAUUCUCCUCAUAAUUUCGUGCAUUUUUCCACUAUUCUUGAGUGUGAAAAUCGUGAAUAUCGACGACUAUGACCCAGGCAGCUGUAACAAAACCAACGCGUUCCAAGUAUAUUCUGUGAAAGACAGAAGCGAUAAAACGAGACUGUGGAUAUGUAGCAAAGAAAAUGGAAAAUAUUUGUGGAAAUCUGUUAAUGGUAAGUCAUUUGUCGGCGAAUACCUGAGCCCAGGCUACGAUUGCUCAGAUAUUUUAAAUCGAGAGGAAAAUGUUCAGGAUGGAUAUUAUUGGAUAAAUCUGGGAGGCAGCAAUAAACGGAAGGUAUGGUGUGACAUGAAGACAGAUGGUGGUGGAUUUAUACUUGUUGCUAGAAAACAUGAUGCUAUCACGUGGAACGUUCCCUCAAAAGAUAAGCCAGUUGGUCCUUCCAUGAAAGACAAAUAUUGGACCACUCAACUGGGAGAUCUUCCUAUCUUGGAUUUCAGAGUGCAGAUGUCAACAAGUGACUCAUUUGAUGAUACCAAAGCUCAUUGGUAUUUUCGACUGAAAAAUAAAAGAGCGUUGGGGAAGUUGAUGAUCAACAAUCGUGGAUGCAGUAACCUUGAGCCAGGCAUUGGAGAUAUAGCUUACAUAAAGGAGCUCAUCACAGAGAAAAUAGUUUCAACAUCGUUCCAAUGCUCCGUAUUUGGAAGUUUGCAGUCAAGUGGGAAGAUAGGCUGGUCAAUGAUGAACAAAUGUUUAAAGACGCCCUGCUCUGGCUCUGGAUUUAUUCAUCAAAAAGAUGUACCGCUAAUUGCACUUGAUCAUUCAGGUGUUUUCAGUUUUAGUGCUUCGAGUAACAAGUCUGGAAUGAUAUAUGACUCGACUGCCUUCGUAGGAUGUGUGAACAAAAAGUGUUGUGGAUGUUAUGGUCCUAAAGGAGGAACAGGGAAUUAUUGCAACGCAUAUUGUAACACUUCAAAUGGUGGGACGAUAGUUGAUGCUAAAAAUGUCUAUGUUUGGAUUUGGGUGAGAUCUACCCACCCUAAACGUGUUUGGAAUAAAUGUAUGGAGUAUCAAAGUGAAGAUGAAUUAGGUCAAAUGCAAUGGUAUAUCUUAAAGGGAGAUUCUGUCCUUCCUGAGAAGGGAAGAUGUAAAAAUAGGGACAAACUGCGUUUAAAUAGCGGGAUCGUCGUUGUACCCGAUAACGUUGCUGCAAAAAAUGUUCCUAAAAUCCCAGGAUUGUUGGAGUAUCGUUUAGACCAAAAGAAACUUUAUGUAAGAGCAAACAAAACAUGGAAACUACUGAAUCAAGAAGAACAGGUGGAGAAAAAAUUGGUCAACGUAAAGCAAAAUUUUGAAAAGAAAUCGGAAAAUUUAAAAGAAAUGAUUGAGGCUAUAAAUGUAACUUUAAGAGAGACUAUUGCAAAACUUGAAGCUGAAAACGCAAAAUUGAAGACAAAAUUGGUUUUCUCCCAACCAAGCUAUGAAAAUAUUACUUCAGUGUGUGGUGGUAAGUACAAGUGGUUAAACGAGUCUACAAGGAGAUACAGCUAUACCUCAAACAGCUACUGUGACUCAUCUUUAUCUGGUUGGUACAGAUUUGGAGGAAGUGCUGGAACUAUGAUGUUUUCGGGAUGUAUUAGACAUAGAAGCAGCCGUUGUGGUACAAAUUAUCCGGGACAUUUAACAGGAGGUCAUCCCGGAGUGAAUGAUGGGAUUGUCUCUCGUGUCGUUUGUUUUUCGCACACUCAACGUACAUAUCACUACAGUCGAUAUUAUUAUAGUGAAUAUUGUUGUUACUACAGACGCACAAUCAAAGUUCUCAACUGUGGCACAUUUUACGUUUAUAAACUGAAUGGAACACCAACUUGCAACUCAAGAUAUUGUUCUACAGGAUGAAACAACAAUUAAAAAACACGAUUUACUUGGUUGUAACAAAUAAUGUAACGCAUGUGAGAUGAAAACGAAAUUCAUUAAAUAAUCAAAAAAUUCA